AUGAUGCCAGUGAUAUCUGAAGAGGAAUGGGAGGCGUUUGGGCAACUAUGCACGAUUUUGAGGCCAUUUGAAGAAAUGACCACCGAAAUGAGCGGCGAAAAGUAUGUCACAGGAGGGAACGUCAUUGUGGCUACCAGGAUAUUAAAAGAUACUUGCGAGGAACUCUACAAAAUGGAUAAUAUUUUGCCACAAAUAACCGCCUUCAUUGGAGAAUUAGACAAAUAUAUCGAUGAGCGUUUCGACAAAGUCGAAAAAAGUGGAAGCUUUUCGCUGUGUACGUUUCUGGAUCCUAGAUUCAAAAUGGCUGCCUUCAAGGACCAGAGCGAGGCAGCGAAAACAAAAAGAAGGGUUCAAGAUAAAGUACAAGAAAUGAUUGCAAGACAGCGUCAGGAAGUACCAGCCGAGCCUUUCGCUCCGUCCAACAAGAAAACUCUGUCAGCGUGGGACGUCUUUGACAAAUUUAUGUCGGACAAAAUAACGUCUCAGCAAGGCACACCUUUGUCAAAGGCAAUUAAAGAAGUCCAGAUGUACGCAGAGGAUGACAUUUUGUUACGCGUGGACAGCGAAGGUAACAAAAACUGUCCUAGAAAAUGGUGGGCAGCGCAUCGCCAUAUAUACCCGAACUUGGCGCACAUAUACAGAACUAACUGCAAUAUUGUAGCGAGCUCCGUUCCUUGCGAACGAUUAUUUAGCAAGACUGGCCUCAUAAUUUCUGACAGGCGGUCCAGUCUGAAAAGUGACAAAGUUCGUCAACUAAUGUUCCUUAAUGUCAAUCUAGAUUAGAACAGAUUUAAUAUGUAAAAUUGUAAAAAGGAAGAA